AUGGUGAUGUAUGUCUGGGGCCGGGAUUCCCUCACGCUAGAGGAUCGUCAAAACCCUGUACUGGCUGAGGAACUGGGCGUCGAAUGUGAGGAAAUUCUUUUGGUCAACGCUCGCAGUUACAGGGUGUCUGGCACCUCCACUGAAGAGGAUGGAAAGCCGCGAAGCUUUACUGAUAUUUUUCAGGAUAACGAAGAUAUGCAAAAGGCAGGUGUUCCACCGCACAAGGUUAUGGAAUUGGAUGUGUUAAAGCAUUCGGCCGACCAAACCCACGACGAUUGGGUUCGUCUGGCAGCUAUCAUCCGGGAUAACUACCAUAAAUACCGUGGGUUUGUUAUUCACAACGGAACCGACACCAUGGUGGCUGUUGCAACCGCUCUCAGUUUCAUGCUGGAGAACUUGGGGAAACCUGUCAUUUUUACCGGCUCGUGUAUUCCAGCAGACCGUCUCUACACGGACCUUAAACGCAAUUUGAUUGUUGCCCUGCUCUUUGCUAACUGCAGUCAGAUUUGUGAGGUUUGCAUCUUGUUUGAUGAGCGGCUAUUCCGGGCAAAUCGAACAAUCAAGGUUUCCAGAGCAAGACUUGCGCCAUUUGACUCUCCGCAUUUUCCCCCGUUGGCGACAAUGCAUGGAACCAUGAGUCUACAUCGACCAUUUCUUCGUCCUUUUCCACUUGGUCAGUUCCGUAUAAUGGACAACAUGAAGUCGGUGGUCUUGUGUUUGAAGUUGGGGCCGUCGAUGCGGAAACGUUUUUUAAUGAAGUCUGUCGAGCUGACAAAGGCACGUGCUAUUCUUAUCAUCGCCUUUGGUGGAGGAAACGCGCCAUCGCUUUGCGGUUUUAUGAAGAGGGCUGUGAGGCGGGCGGUGGAGCGUGAUAUUGCCGUUUGUGUUUGCACGCAGAACUUGUACGGUUCUGUGGACCUGGGCGCCUACGCCGCGGGCGAUCAGCUGUUGGAGGCGGGGGCGAUUUCAGCAUCUGACAUGACCAUUGAAGCCAGCAUUAUGAAGCUGAGGUAUCUUAUAGGGCUUGGACUUUCCACAAAGGACAUAAAGAAGUACUUUAGCAGUGUCGAUCUGCGCGGUGAACUCACCCCACCACAACCACGAUUGUAG